UAAUCGAAAGAUUUGUCGAAAAGAAACUAGAUUUCAAUGAUAUAUCAACUGAUGAACUAUUGAUAAUGGCCCCAAAGGUAUUUGGUCGGGUUAGUAAAUAUAAUUUAUUUGAAUAUUUAUUUGGAACAAAGGAAAGAGGAAGUUUAAAAGUUUCGGAUUUGGUUAGAUACAGGAGUAGACUAGACCAUAUAAUAGACGAAGCAAAAGGCGAAUUAGACUAUUAUAGAUGCCCAUAUUGCCAAGAUAUUAUUCAAACCCAAAAAUCUUUGUCACAACCUCAUCAAAAUAGAUUCAGUAAUAAAAGUUGUCUAAAGUACCAUUUGUUAAGAAUUCAUAAAGAAAAUGUUAAAGAAAUCAAAUUUGAAAAAAAUGAAAAUAAUUAUGAAAGAUCUAGAAAUCCAAAUUAUAGAAAGUGUAAACAUACAGGAUGCUCAGUUUGGAUCACCUCAAAACACAUGUGCGACCACAUUGUUAUAGACCACCAUAUCGAAUACCCUGAAGAAUCGAAUCAGUGCCAAAAAUGUCAAGAACUAAAAAAAAAAUUAAAAAAGGAAUUUAUAAACGCAUGCAAUAAUUUUUACCAAACAAAUAAAAAAAAAACUAUCAACAGUGAUAUAGAACUCCAAUCAUUAGAAAAUGAAGUUAAAGUUGAAAAAAGUAAAAAAAUUAAAAAAAACAAUCCAAAAAAACAUAAAGAUAAAAAGAGUGUAGAUAAAAAACAAAAAAGCAAAUAAAAAUACAAUAAUAUGUAUUAAUUAUAACAAC